CUCCAUUUCGCAGGUUGAACCUACCGAUGACGAAGGGCAAACCAUUCAGCGGCAAGCUCAAGAAGCAGCAGCUCCAAGCAAAGCGUGAGAAGAAAGCACAGAAGGAGAAGCACGCGGCUGCCAAGUACGACGCCGAGCGGGACGAGCUUGUCGGCCUUGCUUCGUCGGCGCCACCAAUGUCACCUAUGGACUCCCCUCCAAUGGAGUAUGUAUCCGUUGAUGUGGGGUAUUCGGGGGACUUGCGAACCAUCUUUGCAAAAGAGUCACAGGCAGCGAUCGACGCGCGGAAGAAGGACGCUACCAGACCGUUGGUGAUGGCCCCCGACCGCGGCAAUUCGCAAUCAAUCUACGCAUAUGGUCUCACCGACGUGCGCAAUCAACCACCGAUUCCGAUCCGACCCCACUGGACGAAGCAUAUGAGCCCGGACGAGCUCGCGAUGUCCGAGGAGGACGCUUUCCGCGCGUGGUUGGUCGAGUUGCACGAGACUUGCGUGGCCCGGCGUCAGGGAGCCAGGGCCGACGCUGCCAUAAACUCAUACGAGCGCAACUUGCAAGUGUGGCGGCAGUUGUGGCGCGUGAUCGAGAAGUCAAACGUGCUCGUGCACCUCGCCGACUGCCGAUGCCCCCUUCUCCACCUGAGCCACCGAUUGAUUCGCCACAUCCAGCAAGACCAUCCAGGAAAGCGUGUGCUCAUCCUUCUAACCAAAUGCGAUUUUGUUGCGCCUGAACGUGUCGACGCGUGGGUCCAGUACAUCCAGCAUCGGUACAACGUGCCCGUGCUUCCGUACAACCGGGACCGCGUGCACGAGAGCAACGCCGCCUUGCUCCAGGCCAUUGGCAAGCUCAGCGAAGGCACGAGCUUCGCGCAGAGCCACCGCGACGGCGAAGAAAACAGUCGCACGCUCAUGGUCGGCUUGGUGGGCGAGCCGAACGUGGGCAAGAGCUCGUUUUUGAACAGCCUGUUUCUGAAAAAGUUGGUGUCCGUGUCGGCCACUCCUGGCCACACCAAGCACUUUCAAACCCACUUUUACGACAACCCGGCGCUCGUCGGACGCGAAGACGUCGACAAAGUGUGCUUGUGCGACUGCCCGGGCGUUGUCUUUCCUCGGUUUGGCAUCCCAUUGGCGUUGCAGAUCUUGUUUGGGAGCUACCCGAUCGCGCAGACGAGGGAGCCGUACUCGGCGGUGCGCUUCGUCGCCGAGAAUGCCUCGCCAUCCCUCCAGCACGUGUACAAGUUGCGCAAGGUGGACGACGACGAUGAAUGGUCGCCGUUCACCGUGGCGGAAGCGUAUGCGGCCCAACGAGGGUUCCACUCAAAAGGCGGGAAGCUCGACGUGUUUCGCGCCGCCAACUUGCUGCUACGUCACACGUUGAACGGAGAGAAAGUGGUCCUGACCUUCCCGCCGCCGCCGAUCGAGGCCCCGACGAUGGCGGUCGAGGCCGACAACGAAAGCAGAGACGGCAUGCCGCUGACGACGAACCAAGUCACGGCGCUGUUUGGAGACAUGGGAAUGACUGAACGACAUGCGCUGGAUGGCGUGAAAUGUAGUGAGGACAGCUAGUGCGGAUGUUGGCAUGACGGAAGGGUCGGCAUUGUGGUGCAUUUCGCGCACGAGAAGGCGUGGAACUGCAAAGAAUCAACAUGACGUUGGAUCGACAUGGAGCACUCCACUUCAUUGUCGUGUUUGCUAGAGAUGAAGGCAUGAUGGCCUCAAUGGAACAGACCGUGCUCCGCUGGGCAUGCAUGCUUCCAUGGAUGUGGAUCCAGGACGAGACGGCAGUGCAACAACGCAG